AUGUGCUCGGCACAAGAGCAAACACUUUUUCAGGUGAAGGACUCUCAUGAAUCAGCCAUGCAUGUGAAUGAAGACACCAUUUCAAGAAGGGUUGGACCCACUAGCAAAACAUCUUUGUAUUUCAUCAUCGCUACCCUUGUUGUGUUACUCAUCUUUGCAUUAGCCACCAUCAUGGUCUUAGUCGUUCAGAGGACGGAAACUGAACUUGCCACGGAGGGCAUCGCAAAACCUGUCAGGACAGGGAACACCUCCGAAGACUAUUUAAGAAUCCUACAGAAUGUCCCGACCAGGAGAGCUGCUGCGUACAUGAGAGUGUCCAAUCCAGUAAACAGUUCAAAACUGAUCUUGGUCGAGAAGGGUAUUUGUGAAGACAUCCAGUGCAAGAGUGAAGAGCUGGUGAUAAGGAACCAAGGCCUCUACUUGAUCUAUUGUCAUUUGAACUUUCAUUUUCCCAACUGUUCCAAUGGCCCCACUGACCUCAAGAUAGAGCUCCUUGUGAAUGACAAAGUCAACAGGCAAACAUUAUCCACAUGGUGCGCAUCAGAAACAUGCCAAGAAAAGACUUUUAAGACCUUGUUCCAGAUCCAUUUGACAUACCUGAACGUGAAGGACCGAAUAUCAGUAACACUCAAUCAUCCUAAAUUCUUGAAUGAGAUUUCUCUUCCCAAUGACAACGUUCUUGGUGUCUUGAGGUACAGUGAUGAAAUGUGAGCAGCUCCCUGACCCACCACUGCUGCCCAGACUUAUCUUUCUCUGAACAACAGUA